CGUCUUCUAGCCUCUUUUGAACCGGAUAUAAGUACAGCGGCGGCAUCUACUUACCCGAGCGCGCUAUUGCUAGGCGACGGGCUUCUGUGUGACCCGAUUCGAGCUCCAUCAAGGGUCGCCUCGUCAUUGUAGCAGCUCUCUCUUCACUCACAUCCUCCUCGACAACCCACUCGCCGCUUCUCCCUCUUCCUCCGCAUCCCUCCACACAGAUUCCAGGUAGUCAGACCUAGAAAAUGUCUUGCGCGGGGAAUCCGUUGGUGAUAUUAUUCGGAGUCUUGAUGCUGCAUUCGGGCUCCGCUCAGAACGAACCAACAAUCUUUUCAUCAGAUCACAUGAUCUUACCCAUGGGUUACCACAGCCCACCAAUCACACUUCAGUGCAACCUCACAACUUCUCAAAACGCCCACCAAGAGAGCUUCUGGAUGAAGAAUGGGGAGGAGAUCCCAGACACAAAGAGCUACGACAAGAACACUGAGUACAAACUUACUAAACCGAGGCCAGAUGAUGCGGGCGAGUAUAUGUGCGUGUACAAGUUUGACAUGGCCCCCCCAGCAAAUGCCACCAUUGAGGUUAAAGCUGUGCCAGACAUCACGGGGCACAAGCGCAGUGAGAAUAAGAAUGAGGGUGAGAAAGCCGUCCUUUACUGCAAAUCCGUGGGUUAUCCUUAUCCCCUGUGGGCCUGGCAUAAAAUUGACAACGGCGCUUACAUGGACAUUGACAACUCUUCUGGCCGCUUCUUCGUCAUUAACAAGGACGGCUACACCGAGCUGUCCAUCAUAAACCUGGACAUCACCUCCGACCCUGGAGAGUAUGAGUGCAAUGCGACCAGUGCCAUUGGCUCCACCUCCAUGACAUCUGUGCUGCGGGUCCGGAGCAUCUUGGCCCCCCUGUGGCCCCUCCUGGGGGUGCUCGCAGAGAUUAUCAUCCUGGUGCUCAUCAUUGUCAUCUAUGAGAAGCGCAAGAAGCCGGAUGAUGUGCCUGACGAUGACGAACCAGCUGGGCCAAUGAAAACCAAUUCCACCAACAACCACAAAGAUAAAAACCUACGUCAGAGAAAUACAAAUUGAUUUGAUCAUUACAAGAUAAAGACAUUCACUUCAUGACCAUAUGAACAUUACUCAUGGAUCAGCGGACUGGUAAACUGGGCAAAGGUGGAAAAGUUAAAUGGAAGAACGGAAUAAAAAGACCACCCAAGGCAUGCCAUAUAUAUCUGGUGUGAGGAGGAUGUCUGAAUGGAAGCUGAUAUAUCACGUUAACAUCUGAAAAUUUUCUUGCAUGCUUGUGUUGCUUUUUCUUUAGAAUCUUUUACUCAAAUCAACUAUUUCCAUGUCAGGCAAAAAUUACAAAAAUAUUUUGCAUACUGUUUGAUACAGGCUUUUUGUUUUGUUUGUGUAUUUAUUAAUGUUUUUUUUUUUUUCAAGCAAGCCUUUAACUUAUCGUAAAUAUGCCACCAUGUUUCUGGUAUGGCAGUUUUUGUACAGAUUAUCAUAUGACUGUAUACCAUUUGGUAAGGUGGCAUUAGAUUCUAUCAAUCAAUUAAGGGCUUUGCAAAAUGUUCUACCAUGUUUAAUUUGUACAUAUAUUGUACAUUAAUGUAUGAAAUCACUUGAAAUAUCUAUAGUUAUAUGAAUGUUCUUCAUAAUGAUGCACAUAUCUCUUUAAAUAUUCUUUCAAACCAUUUCUUCAUUUUAUACUUACGUACCUUAUCCAUCUCUGAGUCUAUAUGGCUGAUUGCUUUUUAUGUAUGCAUAGUAUACAGCAUGGCUUUUUAUUCUAUGCAAUAUAUAUACAUGCGGUAGAACAAUUUUUUUUUUUUUUUUAUGUUAGCAUUUGGUUGUGUAUAAUUAAGCUUUAAUAUUAUAUGUUAGCAGAUUGCACAGUUCAAAUCAUGGAACACACUCCACAUGGUUUACCACAUCACUGCAUGAGCUCCCUACACAUAUAAAAGGUCUACUAGGUCAGAAUGUGAAGAGAAAUUAAUAUUUACUGAAUGGACUAAGGUAUAUACAUGUCAUCUUUAACAAUUAAAAUGUCCAAAGUCUAAUGUGUUCUUCCUUUUAUUGCAUAAUUUGUUUGUUUAAAGGAAUAAUUCACCAAAAAAUGAAAAUUCAUCAUUUUCUCAUCCUCAUAACAUCCAUGCUGUUCCAAACCUGUAUGACUUUCAUGGAACACAAAAGGUGAUGUAAUUUCCCAUACAAUGAAAGUGAAUGGUGACUGAUGCUGUCAGUCCCUUACAUUCUACCUAGCAUUUUGUUUUACGUUGAACAGCAGAAAGUCAUAUGGGUUUUUGCAAACAACCACAAACUAUAUGCAAAAAUAAAAUAAAAAAUACAAGCUAAAAAUACU